AUGGAAGCGAAGGCGGAGAGGAGCGGCACUGCGGGGCGCCCCAAGGUUGUGGUGGUGGGCGCCGGCAUUGUGGGCCUCACUGUGGCCACCAUGUUGCGGGAGACGCUGCCGGAGGUGCCGCUCACCCUCUGGGCCAAGGACUUCCCGCCCAACACCACCUCCAACAUCGUCCGCCGCAUCGAGUAA